ACCGGCGGAGCGUAUCAAACGGUGACCAGCUAGUUUCUCGUGCCGUUCAGUCAGUUUAGAUCUGACUGUUGUACAGUUAUUGUUUAACCGUGAGUCGUUUCUACCGAGCGGGAUUAACGUGACCGAGGCGUGAAAGAAUAUGCCCAAGAAUAAAGGAAAGGGAGGAAAGAAUCGGCGACGUGGAAAGAACGAGAAUGAGUCUGAGAAGAGAGAGCUGGUGUUCAAAGAGGACGGACAGGAAUACGCUCAGGUGAUUAAGAUGCUGGGUAACGGACGUCUGGAGGCCAUGUGCUUCGACGGAACCAAGCGGCUUUGCCACAUUAGAGGAAAACUCCGGAAAAAGGUUUGGAUUAACACGUCGGACAUCAUCCUGGUGGGGCUGAGAGAUUACCAGGACAACAAAGCCGACGUCAUCCUCAAGUACAACGCAGACGAGGCUCGCAGUUUGAAAGCGUACGGAGAGCUGCCCGAGCACGCCAAAAUCAACGAGACGGACACCUUCGGGCCCGGAGACGAUGAAGACAUCCAGUUUGAUGACAUUGGCGACGAUGAUGAAGACAUUGAUGAUAUCUAAAGACCCGCUCCUGGAGGAUGAACGUGUGAUUUUACUAAGAGACGCUCCCGUUGGAAUAUUUUGAGCCGAUAGGCCGCAGCGAUGACGAUUAUUUUUUAUUAAGAUCAGCCUAUGCCAGUCCAGUCCAGUCAAUACGUUUCAAUCUAUUCCAGUCUAACCACCAGUAGACGUCUUUGUUGUUUUUUUUUUUGAGGAGUUCAAGAGAGGAGGAAAGAAAGGACACAGAACCUUUUGAGUUUCUUGUUGACAUGACUGCAAAGUGAGACGCUGCUUUAGAACCACGGUGUGUUGGAGGAUCAACAGUAGGCUGAUCACAGCAUCAUAUUCAGGGGCAAUGUCUGCAUGUAUUGCUAGAUUUUCACCUUUUUUUAAAACUUUUUUUUUUUUUUUUUUUUUGCUUCUAACAACAAAAAUGGCAAAUUUCACAUCACAUUUACCACAUAUACCAGGUAUAAAGUUGUUUGUUUCCUCCUCACCUCUCUGGUCCCCUUAUGUUCCCUGAUGGGGCCCCUGCACCUCAGUUUGGGAACCACCGCUCUAGACCACAUGGGGCCCGUCGCUGUAACUCUGAACUAAUAGAAAAAACAAAUGUACCAUGAUGUUUAAGAAGGCUGGGUUUCCAAUAAAGAUCUUAACUCCA